UGAAGGUCACCUAAAAACAACAUGGCGCUGUCGAGAGCUGUAAAGGGUGUGUUUAUAGUAGCUGCUAAAAGAACUGCUUUCGGUACCUAUGGAGGUAAAUUGGCAGGGUUGUCUUCAACUGACCUAGCUGCCUUGGCUUCUAAGAGUGCUAUAGAAAGUAUUAAUCUAAAACCAGAACUUAUUAACUCUGUUACGUUUGGUAACGUUAUUCAGUCUUCCAGUGAUGCAGCUUAUAUUGCACGACAUGUUGGAUUGAAGUGUGGUUUAUCAGUAGAAACACCAGCCUUAACUGUUAAUAGAUUAUGUGGCUCAGGCUUUCAGGCCGUUGUCAAUGGGGCACAGGAAAUAGAACUGGGAGAAUGUGAUAUUGUUUUAGUUGGUGGAUCAGAAAAUAUGAGUCAAGCCCCAUAUGCUGUCAGAAACAUCAGAUUUGGUACCAAGUUAGGAACAGACCUCAAGCUUGAAGAUACACUAUGGGCAGGUUUGACAGAUCAGUAUAUUAAACUACCAAUGGGUAUAACAGCUGAAAAUCUAGCUCAGAAAUAUAACAUUAGCAGACAAGAUUGUGAUGAAUAUGCCUUUAGAACACAGACCAAUUGGAUUAAAGCUAAUGAAAAUGGAUAUUUCAAAGAUGAGAUUACUCCUGUGAAAGUGAAGGGUAGAAAAGGGGAAGAAGUAUUUGAAGUUGAUGAACAUCCUAGAGUGACACCAGUAGAAAAGUUAGCCAAGUUAGCACCUGUGUUUAAAAAAGAUGGUACAGUUUCAGCUGGAAAUGCCUCUGGUGUUUGUGAUGGUGCAGGUGCCUUGAUAUUAGCUAGUGAAGCUGCAGUUAAAAAACAUAAUUUAACUCCAUUAGCUAGACUUGUUUCUUAUGGCAUAUCAGGUUGUGACCCUAGUAUCAUGGGUAUUGGACCAGCUCCAUCUUCUAGAGCAGCAUUGAAAGCUGGUGGUGUGGAUUUGAAAAAUAUGGAUCUUGUAGAGGUUAAUGAAGCUUUUGCACCUCAGUUUUUAGCUGUGGUGAAAGAAUUAGGAUUAAAUAUAGAUAUUACUAAUACUUGUGGUGGAGCUAUAGCUUUAGGUCAUCCACUAGGUGCAUCUGGUGCUAGAAUUACUGCUCAUUUAACACAUCAACUACGGAGAAUCAAUGGUAAAUAUGGUUUAGGAACAGCCUGUAUUGGUGGUGGACAAGGUAUUGCUGUUAUUCUAGAACGGGUAUAAAAUAACAGAACAGAAAGUUAGGAAUUAACACUUAAACUACAUUGAAUAUGCUCUUAUCGAAAAAGUCUUGAGAAAUUUAAACGUAGAUGCGAUGUGCCAAAUAUAAAAUUGAGAAAUCAUUUGUCACCUUUCUCCUGUUAUAAUUAUAGUUCCAGUUCUUGACCGUUUUAGCCAUGUAUAGUCCAGCAAAAUUAUUUGUGCAUGUACAGGGAGCGGAGGUUUCAAAACAUAAACAGUCCAUUAUUACUUUAGGUAGUUUAAGUUGUUAGGUGGUUAAUAUAUUUCUAACUUGUAUUAUUGAAAUGACAAUUAAUUUACCUCAUGAUAAAGUGGACUGAUCAAUUGAUCAUGUUUAUGAAUUAAAUCGUCCCUGGAUCUACACAAAUAAAUUGAUGGUACUAUAAUAUUUAUGGUUCAUGACAAUUAUUGUUAUUGUUAUUAUCAAAUUUUGUAAUAAUAUAAUUUAUAUAAACUAG